CAAGAAUAAAUAAAUCAUGAGUAGCAACGGGCACAGGGACUUGAGAACAGCUAUCACACGUGUGGUUAGGGAAAAUAUCACAAAUAACCACCUCUUAAUCGCCGAAAAGUGAAAAAUAUUGCAAUAACUGAACAGUGGAUGGCUGUCAGAUGGAUGGCAGAUUGGUAGUUGAAAGCUUGUAAACAGGUCUUAGGUAAAAAUAGGAAAGGUGUUUAUCCACUGAAGGAAAAUGAAGUUACGUACGUUGCUGAUGGGUGUUACGCUAGCGGCCGCUCUCGUUCACACGCUCGGACUUCCGGUGGAAAAGGAACUGCUUCGUGUGAAACGAAAAGGCGAAUUAGACGAAGACGAUGAGCUUGUGUAUCGACUUCACAAGCGUGAUUUAUCGGCAGAGAUGAGACAGCAUGAUGAGGACGAGUUACCCCAGGAGCUAGAGCGGGAGUUGCACAGAAAGCGCCGAUUUGAGGCCGAAACUGCGCAGCAAGAGGAGGGACAUUUCGCCAACAAAAUGGCGGCCAGGUCUUCACGCUCAAACCGAGAAGACAAUGAUGUGAUCGCGAGGGGCCUAGGUCGAUUCACACCUAGGAACACCGAGGGAGAAAAGCAAUCAGCAAAACGAUCCGUCUCGGAAACUUUACCGGAACAAGACGACACUUCCGCUUCCGGUAUGUGGAUUUCAGAUUCAGCGAGUGCAGAGUUUCUCUCUUCGAAGAGAAACAAAAAGCGCAGUUUAAAUUCCAUCGAGAACAUCGUGGCGGCUUUAAGUGCGAUCAACACUGUCUCCUCAGACGCCGACGAUGAUAGUGCUACUUCCGGUGCCUGGGAGAUUUCCGGUAAUCAGGAGAAGCACGACGGGGACAAGCAGCCCGACGUGACGGAGAGCUCAGCUUCCGGUUCAGAUAGCGACCUUGAGGCUGACUUGGAGGCGGAGGCCUUGAGAGCAGAACCCGCCGAUUCCAACCACGUGAAGCGGCGAGCUAUGCUAGAGGACUACCUUGGAGUCCCGGAUGGUGAGCAUAAAAAGCAAGACAAUAUUGACGUGACAAAGCGUGACACGUCACGCAACGUCAAACACGUGAACCAUCUGGCGCGUUUCUUCAGAAGUGUAGAAGCCGACAUUGCAGCCACCGAGCAGGCAGCUAAUAAACUGAUCAGCAAACGUAAGACUACCACUGGGGACGAGAGCGAAGGGGGACUGAACCUGGUGAAGAGGUUUUACCGUGACCAGGAAAUGAGAGAGGCUGGGGAGAGGAAGGCGGCUCCUAAAGUGCCCAGCGGUCAUAUCACAGCCAAGAGUAAAGUCCCUGAUGAACCAUCUAUCAAGGUGGUCAGCACGUCUUCCCUGAGGGAUACUCCGAGGGAUAUUAAAGCGCAACAAGUCAAACCUGUGGCUAAAACUAAGGUCCCAGAGGAAAAGAGUGGCAAUAUGGAUGACGAAGAAAUAUUCGAGUCAAGAGUUGUCCGCAAGAAGAAGAUCCCGAAAAUGGAAGUGACGAUCUUCGAGGAACCACCGGUGUACGCGAAAAGCGAGGACAAGCAGAUGGACUCGAGUGACGGCGGAGUGGACACUUCCGAUUGGGAUGAACCCUCCAUUGAACUGCACGUACGAGACAUCAGAGAAGACGGGUACGUUGGUUGUUAUAUGGACCACACUCCGGAACGCGACCUCCCCUACCCCAUAUCGGUUAGGGACAUCACGCCUAACGCGUGUCGACUCGCGUGUAAACACAGCAAGCACGCGUACGCAGGGCUUCAGUACGGCUACCUGUGCAGAUGCGGGGACACAUACGGCAAAUACGCCAAGCUUGACGAUUUUCAGUGCAGUUCACCCUGCAAGGGCGACCCGUCAAAGAUCUGCGGCGGAUUCUUCAGAAACUCAAUUUACACAACAGAAGAGGCAUCAGAGCCGACACACGGGGAAUUUUUACACAUCGAAAGCGUGCAGCCUUUGAACCAAAUCUCGUACAACCCGCCUGCGCGCUACCCACAAGCGCAACAGUACUUUUCACCGAUACCCAACUACGCACCCCAGCCCGCCCCCGCGCCCAUGUUCCUGAUGGGCCCGCAGGUCCAAAUGCCCCAGCCUGUGUCAGCCCCGGCGUAUUUCUCCUCCGAAGACCCAGGAAUGAUAAUUCACUCAGAGGCGCCACUAUCGAGCGUAGAAAGCGCGCCAGUGAACGCGGUAGUGAAGGCACAAGUGGCAAGCUCACCGAUACCCUAUGAAACCCCUCAUGUGCUGGGGAACUUAGCGAGCGUCAAGAUGUCAUCUAUCGCGAAACCUCCACAGUCGCAACCGAAAGCACAGGGAAGUCGUAUAGCGUACUUACACCAACAGCACGGCUCAGUUGCCAAGGGAUCCGUUGCACAGCCUAUACCCAGCAUGCACGUCGAGCCUGGAACCAAGACGUACGUUGGUUCGGUUGAGCUCAAGCAGAGCUGGAAGGACGGCUACCAGCGUAAGAAUACCCCAGAAUACAAGAUACUGUCAGGAAACCUGGAGCAAGCGCUACAGAAAAUGUUUAGAAGGAAUCCAUUCUUCAAAAAAGCGUUUGUACUGGGAUUUAGCGAGGGACUGGUAAAACAUAAUCCUGACACCAUCAGGAAGGUCACCGCGUCCUUCGCACUCAUCUUUAAGGAUAAAAUGCAACGAGCAGAUGAGGUCUUCAAGAAGACUGUGCUAGAGUCUGGCAAGGUUUUUGACAUGCCUAUCUACAAACAGUCGCUGCAGUUCAGUGAAUAUCAAGGAGGCCCAGCGACCAAGCCGAUCCAGGACAAGCAUGUGCGACGUAGCGAAGUACCGAACCCUAAAGUCCCGUACACCCUCGAGUUCUUCUUACUUGGAAAGAAGAAACGAGGUGCAUAAAGGCAUAAAACAACCAUAGCAACGCAAAUAAAUAAUCAUCAGCAACGAAAGGGGUAUUUAAAUCACUUCCAACGAAAAGCUGUUAGAGACAACGCAAUUCGGCAGAGUUUUAGAAGGACUAAAACAUAAGAUGUUGAUUAGAGGACUAACAGCAAUGUGAUACCUUUGUGCAUCGCCUGUUGGUCAUGAAUCUUCUGCUCACACUAAAGGCUAUAACAAGCCUAUUUUGCUCGAAUAAGCGCCUCCCUCGAAUAAGCGCCUAGUCACCUAAACGUGUUGCAGUCAAUAGACUUCGAUGAUGAGGAAUGGGCGUUAGAAGGGAAGGAAUAAUAACUGACCAUACUACUUGCCAAACAUUUGAUCAUUUUUGCCUUGUUUUUGUUAUGGCUCUGGGAGAAUUUUACUCCUUUGAUGUUAUUAAAAGACACUGUUUUUCCUGGAGAUAAAACGUCUUUCGCCUCUCCCGUAUAAGCGCCUCGCCUAGGGCAUGAAACAUUUAAAAAGUGCCACGGCGCUUAUUCGAGCGUUUACAAUCUUGCUAAGGUAAACCUUCCACUAGGCCUCGCGGUUAUUUUCACUCAGUUGGUAUUCUCUUGAUACAUCGAAUCGAAUGUAAUUUGGAGAUUCGAUUUAUCAAGAAUUCGCCUGCAUUACUUCCAACUGAUAAAGCCAUUCGUUAUAUUUUUUUGGAGGACCAAUACCUUAGCUAGCCGUACAAUAAACGGUUAAUCAAAAAUAAAGAUGAUGUGUAAAUAUAUGACGAUACCAAUAUAUGACGAUUACCAAUAUUGCCGUAAAUUUAAAUAUAUAAUUUCAAAUUAAUUUUUUUUUUCAAUAUGAGAUUAUUUAUUCAUCGUUAGUUGUGUCAAAUAAAAAUUGCAAACAA